AACCGACAACAUGGUUGAUCCCCGUCCAUACCACGUUCUCAGCUACGGCACCCUUUUGGGUGUGCAGAUCUACCAGUCGUUCGUGUCGGGCGUCAUCGCAUUCAAAGCCCUGCCUCGGCCGCAGUUCGCGCAGCUCCAGACGGCCACUUUCCCCAUCUACUUCUCUCUCCAGUCCGCGCUGCCCGUCGUCGUUGCGUUGACGGCCAGCCGGGCGGGCCAGCUGCAUGGCGUCUCCGGUCUUUUGGAGCCCGAGAACCGGGGCACGCUUCUUUCCAUGGCCACCGUCGCCAUCGCCAGCUUCGUCAACUUGACCGUCCUGCGUCCGAUGACGGUCAAUGUCAUGCGCGAGCGGAAGCACCAGGAAACUCGCGACGGCAAGAAGAGCUAUGAUCCGGCUCCCCAUUCCAAGGAGAUGAUCGCUCUCAACAAGAAGUUCGGCCGUCUUCACGGUAUCUCUAGCUUGGUUAAUCUGGUUUGCCUGGGUGCUACGGUCUACUACGGUGCUGUGCUCGGGAAGCAGUUGGCGUAGGUGUCGGGCUUGCCUGAUUUCUGCAAGGACAUGGAGAGAGACACGGGGGGUGGGGGAGAUUACUCCCAAACUAGGGUAGAGGCUGGUUAUAGCAUUAAUGCAAACAACUUAGAUCGAAUGGACAAUGGCAAAUCCAUAAAUGGGACCAAUGGUGUAUUUAUCCAAGGUUAGUAACAUGGUGGAGCUAAUAAUAUGUAUUUCUCUGGUACACAGUUUCAUAGAUAUGUUGACAUUAUCCUUUAGAACUGACAUAUUAUUGUAUUUAAGUACUGCAACAAACUGUUCUUAACUUCUUAGUUAAGCGAAACAGAACCAUGGGGGUGUAUUUACACCAGAUCGUUUUGCAGGGUGCCAGGCCUCGCAGUGGUGGUUGAAUACGCGGGCUUUGUGGAAGAAGGACCUGAUUUGUGUUCGAGCUG